AUGGAGCCGCGACUGGUGGGCCCCGGGCCCUACCGGGCAACCCGGCUGUGGAAUGAGACCAUUGAACUCUUUCGUGAAGGGAUGCCAUUACGGAGGCAUCGUAGUCUUUUCAAAAACUAUGAGUGUUGCUUCAAAGCCUCAGAGGCAGUAGACUGGUUACAUGAACUGCUCAGAUGUAACCAAAACUUUGGCCCAGAAGUGACACGUAAUCAAACAAUUCAGCUGCUUAAAAAAUUUCUGAAGAAUCAUGUUGUUGAAGAUAUCAAAGGAAGAUGGGGCAAGGAAGACUUUGAGGACGACAGUCAUUUAUAUAGGUUUCCUCCUUCCUCACCACUGAAACCAUAUCCAACAAGGCCUCCAUAUAGAAAGGAAGUAAUUAAAUUUCCAGACUGGAAUGUUCCUGAAGCAGGCACUUCCCAAGAACACAUCCCAGUGAAGCCUCUCAUGAUGAAUUCUGAAAUGUGGUUCAAACGUCACAGUAUAGCAAUAGGAGAAGUACCAGCUUGCAGACUUGUGCACCGCCAAGAGUUAACACAGUCAAAUAUAGAAGAGAGAUGGAAAUCCAUGACGCUAUCACAUUUGCAAAAAGUUUUGGGUCUGGAUUCUCUGGAUGAAGUAUUGGAUACAAAACUUGUGAACCCAAAGCAUAUCAUCCACAAUGUGUACAAUGUCAAUGAACAGGGCAUCGUCAUUUUGGAAGACAAAACAAAAGAGCUACCUCAUUGGGUACUGUCAGCAAUGAAGUGUCUAGCAAACUGGCCCAGUUGUUCAGAUUUGAAGCAACCUACAUACAUAGGAUUUGAAAGAGAUGUCUUCAAAACGAUUGCAGACUACUAUGGCCAGAUGAAGGAACCUCUACUCACAUUUCAUCUUUUUGAUGUUUUCGUCAGUGUGUUAGGUCUGCUGCAGAAAAACAAAAAGGCCAUUGAAGCACUUCGGGUUUCCUGUCUUCUGCUGCCACCAGAAAAUCGGAAAAAGCUGCAACUGCUGAUGAAGAUGAUGGCAAAGAUCAGCCUCAACAAAAAUCUGCCACCUCUUUGUGACACAGCUGGGACCAGAACACUAAUGGUUCAAGCGUUUUCUCAUUGCAUCCUCUGCUCUAGAGAUGAAGUGGAUUUGGAUGAACUGCUUGCUGCUAAACUAGUAACAUUCCUGAUGGACAAUUGCCAAGAGAUCUUGAAUGUUCCCUCCUCCUUACAGAGGGUCAUAGAGGAGCAUGUAGUACAUCUCCGAAGAGUCCAGAUAAAAUAUGCAGACGCUGAUACUGAUACAACUCUUCCUGCUCCGUCGUUUUGUCGCCAAAUCAGUACAGAUGAAUUUGAAUACCAAAGAGUAAAUGGCUCUCAAGAACCACUGUCAGCUCUGUUGGAAGAAAUUACAAUGAAUAAAGAAAUAUCUGUCAAAGAGAAGAAGAAGAAGCUGAAGCAGUUUCAGAAAUCCUACCCUGAAGUGUAUAAAGAACGAUUUCCUACUCCUGAAAGUGAGGCAGUGCUGUUUCCGGAAAAAAAUAAACAGAAACCGCAACUGCUGAUGUGGGCAUUGAAAAAGCCUUUUCAACCAUUUCAAAGAACCAGAAGCUUUCGAAUGUAA